CCCCGCCGCCGCCUCCUCCUCCUCCUCCUCCUCCUCCUCCUCCUCUCCUCCUCAUCCUUUUUCCUCCUCCUCGUUGUCGUCGUCCUCCGGCCGCCGCACGCCGGGAGCCCGAUGCCGGUGCCGCGGCUCGCCCAGCCUCCUCGGGAAGAUGCGCCGCUGCCCGCCGCGCUGCCGGCGGGGCUGCUGCUAGCCGGAGCGGCGGCGCGGAGCCCUGCGCCCACCGCCUGCCCCCGUCCCUGAGCCGCCAGCGCCGCAGCCGCCAGCCCCGCGCGGAGAGGAGGCGCCGCAGGGAGGAGGGGACCCGUCUGCCCCCGGAGCCGCUGCCUGCGGGCGGCCAUGGGAGCCCGGCCCGCGGGGGGCGCUCCCUAGGGUGCGGGCGGCCGCCGCCGAGGUCCCCCCGCCUCCCCCAGCCCCGGGCCUGCGAGGCGAGGAGCGGCCCGCGAGGCACCGCCGGUGCCCGGCACCGCCAUGGGGGAACAACCCAUCUUCAGCACCCGAGCUCAUGUCUUCCAGAUUGACCCAAACACUAAGAAGAACUGGGUUCCCACCAGCAAGCAUGCUGUUACUGUGUCCUACUUCUAUGACAGCACAAGAAAUGUCUACAGGAUAAUCAGUUUGGAUGGCUCCAAGGCAAUAAUAAAUAGCACUAUCACCCCCAACAUGACAUUUACUAAAACAUCCCAGAAGUUUGGCCAAUGGGCAGACAGCAGAGCGAAUACAGUCUAUGGCUUGGGAUUUUCAUCUGAGCAUCAUCUGUCAAAAUUUGCGGAAAAAUUUCAGGAAUUCAAAGAAGCUGCGCGGCUGGCAAAAGAAAAAUCCCAAGAAAAGAUGGAGCUAACAAGUACACCUUCCCAAGAAUCAGCUGGAGGGGAUAUUCAGUCUCCUUUAACACCAGAAAGUAUCAAUGGGACAGAUGACGAGAGAGCGACGCCGGAGGUGACACAGAAUUCAGAACCAAGGGCUGAACCAACCCAGAACGCAUUGCCAUUUACCCAUAGUUCGACAAUCAGCAAGCAUUGGGAGGCAGAACUGGCCACGCUCAAGGGUAAUAAUGCUAAGCUCACAGCAGCCCUGCUGGAGUCCACUGCCAAUGUAAAACAAUGGAAACAACAGCUUGCUGCAUAUCAGGAGGAAGCAGAACGUCUUCAUAAGCGGGUGACUGAGCUAGAGUGUGUGAGCAGUCAAGCCAAUGCAGUCCACACACAUAAAACAGAAUUAAACCAGACAAUACAGGAAUUAGAAUCUACGCUGAAGAAAAAAGAAGAGGAAAUAGAAAGAUUGAAACAAGAAAUUGACAACGCCAGAGAGCUCCAGGCACAGAGGGAUUCUUUGACCCAGAAGUUACAGGAAGUAGAAAUUCGAAACAAAGACCUGGAAGGCCAGCUGUCUGAUCUAGAGCAACGUCUGGAGAAAAGUCAGAAUGAGCAAGAAGCUUUUCGCAAUAACUUGAAGACACUUUUAGAAAUUCUUGAUGGAAAAAUAUUUGAACUAACAGAGUUACGGGAUAACUUGGCCAAGCUGAUAGAAUGCAGCUAAAGAAAAUGGGAUUUCAGUGCCAAUCAGCUUAAAGAUGCACUGUCUCUCUUUGUAGGACUGUGUUGGGCUCUGCAUCAAAGUUGCACAAAAUUAGAAAAUGCUCCUCUGAGAGGGCUUGUUUUAAAUUUGAGUCAUAUUUCAAUGUAAAAUUUAGAACUCAGCUUGUAGCUAGUUGAAGAAAAAGAAACAACGAACAAAACAAAAAACUUGAAUUACAAAUUACCUCCUUGUACAUUAUUGGCCAUAGAUAACUUGAAAGAUAUUAACAGUAAUUGAAUGCAAUCCUUUUCUAAUUAUCCAGAGAUGGAAGAAUUAGCAGUGUCCCAGGUCACAUCCCCUUUUUGUGAUAGACACAAUAUAGGUUAUUUGCUGUUUUAUUUAUUUAAAAUAUUUAAUUGCUGUGUUUUGUGCAAGAAGUUAGUGAUGACAGCCCUGUAUUUUGUUGUUCUUAAUAAUUUCUCAGGAUACUUUGCACUGUGUAGAAACAGUGCCAUUACCAAUUUAUUCUUGCCAGGGGUGAGAGAGAGUUGCAUCUUUAAUUGAAAUGAAGUUACUAACUGCUUGUGUAAAGUUCUUCCUUUUGGGGUACUUCAGUUGGUUGGUCAGUUGGUGGUUGUUUUUUUUGCUUGUUUGUUUGUUGCUUUUGUUUUUGCCUUUUUUUUUUUUAAUUUAUUUACUUAUAUAAAAGACGUAUUUGUUUAUGAAAUUUAUGCAAGUGUUCUACAAUAUUGUCCAAUGUAAGGUUUGUAAGGUUUACUUUUUCACAUGAAUUUCAUGUAAUUACAGUGAGAUACUAUCUUCCACUAAAUUGUAUUUUGAAGCCAACCAAUGAUGGCAGGUGAGUCCCCCAGGAAAAAAAAAAAAAAAAAAAGAAAAAAAAAGGAAAGAAAGAAAGAAAAAAAAAAGAAAGAAAGAAAAAAAAAGAAAUGAGAACUUUUAUUGUAAAAUUUAACAUGCACAGGUAACAAGAAAUAGCAAGCCAGUCAUUUGUUUUCUGGCCUUGCUGCGUGUAUCAAAUAUGUAUGUUGAAUUAACUGUUAGCCUGUUCUGCAGGAGACUUUUUCAGAAUGUCACAUGAAUGUCAGGUUUUGUUAUAAUGGCUUAUGGGGAGCACUGUUUAUUAUAGACUGCAUUAAGAGCAUAGAGCUAUUGCAAGGGAUUACUCAUAUACUGAACUUGUCCUGCCAAGAAAGCUGUUUCUAGAAGUUUUGUUGUCAUAACAAAUUGAAAUGGAGACAUGUUUACUCUUUUAUGGGUCUUCAUAUCACAUCUUUAUUGAAAUGACACCAGGCAAUAUUCUGAACUGUUAGCUAAAUGUUUAAAAACAGGAAAUAAUUGAAUUCAAUUAUCCUCAGUGAGCAGGUUUUAAAGUUGUUCUGAUGUAAUUUUAACAGACUUUUGGCAAACACACAUUUCUUUAUAUAACAGAUUUCUUUAAAAAAAAACACACACACAACUCUUUGAAAGGUAAGCCAAGUGUCCUGUGUCUCGCAUCAAAGUACAUUCUUGCCAUAAAUUGCUUGUAACUUUGAAGAGGGCUUUUUUAAAAGGUACGAAUGAGUGUCAGACUUCAGAGUCGAAAGAUGCACUGACCUUUGUUUGCUCCCCAAAUUAUUUGAAUGUUAAACAAGAAAUCUAGCUGCUUAUUAAAUUUGUACAACACAAUGUUCUCCACUUAGAAACUGCUAUUGAAAACUAGAAAAGUUUGUUUUAUGUGUGUACUGUAUGUAUAUACCAUAUAAUACACACAAGUUAUCAUUUAUAUUAGAAAUACAUGCUUUAUUUCUAAGAUAUUGUUUUUUUUUUCUUUACCAGUGAUUUAUCAGGUGUCCCCUGACUAGUCAGGAAAAUGGUUUAGGUCAAAUGCUAAACCACCAUGUAUUAUACUGUAUGUAAUGUACACAAUGUUUAAGUUUUAUCCAUAUUUUUAGGGUAUUUUCUCACCUAUUUUAUUUAUUAAUGGGGUGGGGGGAGCUUGAUUCAGCGUGCUACUGGUUGAAAACUUUGUGGUGAGCUACAUGUUUUUCAUUCGGUGGAUUUUAGGCAAUGGUGUGUACAUCUUCAUCAGGUCCACAUGAGCGAGUUUCGCCAGGUUUUAAUUUGCCUUGGUGAUGUUUGGCCCUGAUUCUCCUGUCACUUGUGCUGCUGUAAACCAGAUGUGUCUCUGAUGUGCUGUCAGCAACAUUCAGUUGGCAUAACAUUUGUGGAAGUGCAAGGAAAAUCUGGCCCAUUAAUGCUCGAUGGACAUAUAAGGAUGAAGAAACUAAAAACAAAAGAAAGUUGAUGAUGGAAUAAAUGUAAUAUUAUUUUUAAUGAUAUUAUUAUUGACAUUUUUAAAGAUAUGAUGUCAUUUACAUGUGAGAAAAUAGUGGACAGAAAUAUUUCCACUUAAAUUUUGUGAAUAUGUGUGGUACAUGAGUAUUUCUAUGUAUACGUACACACACAUAUGUAUAUAAAGAACAUGGAAAAAUUUAGAUGUGCACAUUUUUAAUAUUUUCCUAUUGAAAUUAAAUUUUAAAUUGGAAAUUGAUAUUUGAGAAUUUCUUUUCUCAUUCAGUAGAUAUGCUUCAUUUCAUUUUUUACAAUUACUGAGGGCUGCACCUUUGAAUUCCUAAAUAGUUGUCAAACAUAAAUAUGGGGAUAUGGUGGACAUACGUGCACAUAUAAAUAAAAUCUGAAUGCUAAGAGUAUUUUUAAUGUUUAUUUACAGUAGUUGAGUGUUUAGUAACUGAAACCUAAAGUUCAUACUUGGGUGGUUAGACCUACUAUAGCCUCUCAAAUUCUGUUCUAAGAUAGUAGUUUGCCUGUUUGAAAUGUUACUUUUCCCAGAGGCAGGUAUUAAGAAUUGUAUUUAUCGUUGAUGAAACUAUGGGGAUGUAUAUACCUGAAGACAGUGUUGAGUACUGUAGCAUGAAAACAUGAACUUGCACGGGAGAGGCAAGCAGUCACAUUGCAUAUAAUUUGUUUUAUGGCAACUACAGUCAUCAUGUAAAAAAAAAAAAAAAAAAAAAAAAAGCAAAAAGAAUUACAGAAAAAAAAUAAAAACA